UCUCCGUGCAUGUGUGUCAAGUUACUGUUGUUCUGUCAUAUUCUGUUUUGAAUGGGUUCCCUCCUCCUCCGCUGGUCCAAAUGGAGAAUAAAGAGAGCGACGAGGUGGAAAAAUUGAGGACAAAGUUCUUAUCGGUAUGGCACAAUGUGAAGUACAGUUGGGCUCUCAAAUCAAAGACUUCAUUCAGUAGGAAUUCACCAGUGUUACUUUUGGGAAAAUGCUACCAUUUUAAGGCUGAAGAUGACGACUGUCUCACUGAAGCCUGCUAUGAAGCCUCGGAUGAGGACUUUGUCAUGGGAGACGUUGAGGCUUUCCGGAAGGAUUUUACAUCUCGUCUGUGGCUGACCUACCGGGAAGAGUUUGCCCCUCUGCCGGGCAGCACGUUAACCUCGGACUGUGGCUGGGGCUGCAUGCUGCGGGCCGGUCAGAUGAUGCUGGCUCAAGCUCUUAUCCUGCACUUCCUGGGCAGAGAGUGGACCUGGUCAGAGGCGCUCACACUCCAGCCUUUAGACACAGAGACCUGGACAGCCACUGCAGCAAAGCGCCUCGUGGCCUCGCUGGAGGCUUCUCUGCAAGGUUCAUCCAAGCCGUCCAAUCACGAGUCCCCUCCACCCCAAGGCCACGUCCCUGGAUCUGCAGAGGAGGCAGACGGGCAGUUGAAGGAAAUGUACCACCGCACUUUGGUCUCCUGGUUUGGGGACAGUCACUCCGCUCAGCUGGGCCUCCACAGGCUCGUCCGCUUAGGCCUGACCAUGGGAAAGCAGGCCGGGGACUGGUACGGGCCGGCAGUGGUGGCUCACAUCCUCAAGAAAGCUGUCGAGGAGGCGAUGGACCCUGGCUUGGCGGGUAUAACUGCCUACGUCUCCCAGGACUGCACAGUGUACAGUGCGGAUGUCAUCGACUGCCACAGGGCACCGCAGGCAGGACGGCCCUCGGUCGGGGCGUCGGACGUGCCUCCUGCGCCGCAGGGCGACCGUCCAGCCUCAGCGUCCACCGUGACGUUGGACCGAGCCGUCGUCAUCCUCAUCCCAGUGAGACUGGGAAUAGAGAAGACGAAUCCGGACUAUAUUGACUUUGCAAAGAGUAUACUGAGUCUGGAGUACUGCUUAGGCAUCAUCGGAGGGAAGCCCAAACAGGCCUGCUACUUCGUAGGAUUUCAAGAUGACAGCUUGAUUUACAUGGACCCUCAUUACUGUCAGUCUUUUGUGGAUGUCAGCAUCAGCGAUUUCCCUCUGCAGUCAUAUCACUGCCCCUCGCCAAAGAAGAUGCCUUUCAGCAAGAUGGACCCGAGCUGCACCAUUGGCUUCUAUUCCAGGAGCGUCCAGGAUUUCGAACGAAUCAAGCAGGAGUUGUCUAAGGUGCUGCAGCCAUCAGCAAAGGAAAAAUACCCGGUGUUCACUUUCGUGCAAGGUCACGGCAGAGAUUACGACCUGUCGGGCAGCAUGACCCCGGAGAAGAGAGAGUGGCCCUUCAUCCGUGACCCACGGAGAACGGCCACCACCGCCAUGGACUUUGUGCUGCUUUGACAGCCUGGUUUUAAAAGUACUGUCCCCCUUUUGAUGAACCAAACUACUUUAUCUCAAAAGACUGAUGUGAUACGAAAGUUUAGGGAACUUUCAAAAAAAAAAAACAAAAAAAAAAACUGUUAUUCUUUAAAGGUGCUAAUGCGCAUUGUUGUUGAUCACCUGGUUACAUUUCAGUUUUUGCUGUUAUAGUAAAAGAAAGUGAAUGAGAUGUUGGCAAUUUUUGGUGAUGCACUGAAAUGAUUAGUCAAACAUAUUUUAUAUGCUAUUUAGCACAGAAGAGAUUGAUCUUCAAUCAAUCCUUCAUUGUUUCAAUGUCAUGUUUACAGCUUUGAAACAAUAAAAACAAUAAAAGAUUUCCACUGAAAAGGGAAGGGAAAAAAAAGGAAUUGAAAGGUGCCUUUAAGAUUCUAUAAGUAACACACACAGGCGCACACAGACACACACAGCCGCGGUCGUCUCUGCUGCUCUGUGGCACACAGCACGUCACCAACAGCCCAAAUAGAAACAAGUUCCUCAAAGUUUGACGCUGUUGGGUAGAAAGUGAAUUCAACUCUGAAUCAAGCAGCCACCAGGUCUCUGAAUAUCUGUCUGCGAAGCGUCAUCUGACCCUGUACCCCAGCUUCUCUUAUGCCGUGAAAACCGGAUGGUCAUUUUUGCCUGUCCUAACAGAAAGUUGACCAGGCAGACAUUCCGAUGUUGGGUACAGAGUACUGUAGAGCCAAAAAGGGAGCAAUGCCUGUUUUGCAACUUUUAUAUUUUUUUAUGUAUCAAUCAAACUUAAUUUGUACGGCACUUUUUAUAAGACGUUUAACAGAAGAGUGCUUUACAAAAGACAAACAAACCAACCAGAAACUGAGAGGUAGAAAAAGGAAAAAAACACAAACAAAUUCAUAAGCCAUGUCAUAUCUAUUCAGAUAGAAAAAUAUUUGCUGCCGUUGUCCAUAAUCAGCUGGGAUCUGUUUUGGCAUUCUUUGAACCUUCAGUGGCUGAAGCGCUGUGGAAACAGUUGCAUUACUAAGCAGCAAUAAGAAUACAGACAAACUGAAUACAGGACAAGUUAAACCAGGCUAAUAAAAAACAGAUAUAAUUGGAAAUACAAACGAUGUCAGCAACAACUACAUUAAACAUGCCACAAUUUUCACAAAUUUUGAAGGUCUUUUUUACACUUCAAAUAAUAAUAAUUUAAAAAUAUGUGUUGAUCAUAACUUAGAAGCUCAAGCUGACUCCUUUGGGUGGAGCUUGUGUCAUGUUUAAUUAUUGAUUAAAUUUGACUCAGAUGCCAUUAAAGUGUAACCAACAGGCCGAAGUAUUCAGACAAAGUGUGAUUAAUACAUGUCUGAAACUGACAAUGAAAGCUUUAUUUAUGUGGAUCGGAGUGUGUGUGAAGACAAAAAGAAAACAGCUUCUUCAAACCAAAAUGAAUUCCUCAUUUAAACAGCAGAAGCACACGGGACACUGUGCGGAGAGACUCAUCUUUAUUCCACAUACGAGCACGACCGGUAUAGUUUCUUCAUUUUUUUUUUCUUUCUUUUUUCUUCUUGUUUGUGACUGAGUCCAGCCACCACAGUGAAAGUGAUGAGAUUUUACUGAAGGGGUUUUUCACAUUGUGUGUUCAUCAGAGUUCAUCACUCUUUACAAAUAAAGUUAUUUAAGCAUAUUGAAAUAUUUUUAUGACUAAAGACACAUUUACGAAAGUAUCUGAAGUCAUAUUAAAACCUCUCAUAAAAUGAAUUCAGGGAAUUGUAACCAUAAAGUUGCUUCAAGUUUUCUUGACUGACAACAAGUAUCAUGUAUAGAAUUUAGGAGAAAUCCUCUGCCAAAUGUAUGAUUUAGUAUUAUCACCUCUGUGUCUUAUGUGCAACUAGCAGCUAUGACUAAUUCAUUAGCAAUUUUUUCAGAGUUUUUUUUAUGAUAAGCAAGGCUUUUUACACAAGAUAUCCCUUCAUAAUUGUCCCACUCUUAUCCCUUCCCAGCAGUGACUGAAUAAUGGUAAUUUCUUUUCUGUGUCACUUUCAUGAUCAAACUACAAAAAUAGUGAAGAAUACAUGUCAUUUAUGCACUUUCUUGUUUGUUUUAAAAAAUAUGGAUUUGUUCUUUCUGUUGAAUCUUUUUUUUCAUGUGCUGUCACAUAUUCCUGAACUACAUGACUGUUUGCAGAAAAAUCUAUAUGAAUUUCAAAUGUGACAAACAUGUCAGCCGCAAAGUACCAGAAUAAAGUCAAAAAUAU